AUGGUGCUCCUUACUAUGACACCUUCCAUAGUGGGGGCGUUAAAUCAACUAGACGAAAAAAUUAUCGAGGACAGAGUAGAAAAAGAAGAGAACCAUUCCGAAUCCGCAACUAGUAACGAACCGUCAUUAAAGGACCCUUUGGUUGGAAAACCCAUAAGCCAUGGCCAGAUUAUUGAUAUAUGGAAACGCGCGAAUGAUGGAAAACAUAAUGCAAUCAAGUUAGAAGAUCUUCUUAGGGGUGCGACGGUUUAUGUACCCCCUCCACCUCCGAAGCCAGAGCCGACCGAUGAGUAUAAGGCGCUUAUGGCUCGGUUACGUCGCGAAGAAGAAGAGAGAUCCUACGAACGAAUGCUACAAAAAGCCCCUCCGAAAGAAUCCUUCGCUCAAAGAUUCCCAUCGGCUCCUAUGGCACAUUCGUUUGCCGAAGUUAAUCGACCUACUAAACCAUCGGACGUAGGAGACGAUAUUGAACAAGGUGACAUACAAAAACAAAUUACACUAGUAAUCAAUUUCCUGGUUAGCAUCUUUGGUUGCGGUGCCGCACUCUGGUUAGCAGCUCGAUGGUGGAGUGUUCCAGCACGACUAUUCCUGAGUUUAGGUGGUAGCAUCGUCGUUGCAAUUGCUGAAGUCGCCGUCUACUCCGCUUAUACUUGGCGAAUGGCAGAAGGAGAAAAGAACCAGAAAAAGAAGAAAGAAAUCAAGGAAAUUGUUCAAACUUGGGUCAUCGGAGAAGACGACAAUAGUAAAAAGAUCAGCGAGGAGCAACUUAUACCGGAUGGAUCAGAACCUGAGACGAAUCUACGCCGAAGGAUUAAAGGUCCGACUUGA